AUGGCGAUGCCUGGUCAGCACAUGACGGGCAGCGCUCCUUCCAACAUCUCGGCUGGCGUAGAUCCCGCUUUCUGGGGUGGUGGCCACCAGGACUUCCACUCGCAAUCGGACUCCACAUCGCCAUUGUCGCCCUCGCUAGGGCUCCAUCUGUCGCCGACAGCAAGCAUUACCACCCAGAGCAGCAUCAAUGGAAGUACCCCGCCGGCGCAAACUCCCCAAUCCGACAGCGGCAGCAAAGGAACGGGCGGGAAGACCAGUCAGAAGCAGUCGCCUAACGACCAAACCAGAGCAUCGGUCGCUGUCGCAUGCGUCCCAUGUCGCAGCAGACAUUUGAAAUGCGACGGUGGUGUACGAUGUUCCCGAUGUAGGACCGACAAUGUGGAAUGCACCUACAUCAAGUCGCGAAGAGGCUGGAAAGGAAAGCGAAAAACCAAGGAAGAUAGCGCGACAACGACGACGACGACAACAACGACUCCAAAUGGUGAAGUUCCAGUGACCAGUGGCCACAUCUCCUCACCAGAGUAUUCCUACAAUGGCGAUGCCGGCUUGAACCAGCUCAGCCCAACUCAUGGCCUUGGCGUCCGACCUGUGGCCCCACCAGUUGCUCAACUCAACCUAAAUGGAACCGCACGUCUGAACCGCUUUGGUCAUUUGGGCCCAGAGACUGCUAUUCAGGCAUUCUACCACUUCUUCUACAACUCACAUCCCUUUUGUCUCCCGGAGCCCAGGUUAGUGGAAAUCUUCAAGGAACGCCAUGCCCCACUUUUGGAAUACGCUGUCCAGUUCAUCGGGUCCAGUUUCAUACCAUCCGUGCCCACGGCCAUGUAUAAAGAAGCUUUGGAUCAGCAGAUCGACAGCAACAACUACCCGAGAGACGCGUGGUCGGUACAAGCACUACUGCUCUUUGCCAUUGGUCUCCACGCUCACAACGAGGUCCCACGCUCAGCACAAAUCUUCAGCAUCGCUCAAAAUCUGACGCUGGAGAUUGGCCUCAACCGGAUGGAGUUUGCGCUUGUGCAUGGAGAAAACGACCCUCAGUUGGAAGAGAGCUGGCGGAGAACAUGGUGGUCCAUGUUCACAGCCAACGGCAUGAUGACAGCAGUCAAUCCAGGUGUGCAGUUCAGACUGAAAGACGUAGUAACCGACGUCCCGUUGCCAUGCGAGCAAGACCAGUAUCUCUCAGGUCAAAUCCCUUAUCCCCCAACCCUCCAAGACUACGACGACUCGUCUUUUCUCGCCCACGCCUUCACCUUCUCCUCCUUCACCUACCUGAUAGACGCCAUCCGCAUCCUGGGCAAAGUCUUCGAAACAGCUCGUCUCGACAGCACCUUUGAGUACCACGCCGUCGACGUCGUAGACCAAUAUCUUUGUAACUGGCGUCUCCACUUACCCGCUUCGAAAAUGGAGCUCGUAUCAAACGACGGCCACAUCGACGAGGUCCUCUUCCAAGCGCACAUGGUAAAUGCCGGCAGCACAAUCAUGCUGCAUCGGCCGCGCAGCAAUCUGGGCUUUGGACGCGUCGAAGGCGUGAAUAUAUGUGUGCAGCCAGGCCAAGUCUUGCUGCCGACGCAGACGAGAGAGAUUCACACGGCAAAGUGCCUGACGUCUGCGGAGAACAUCUCGGCCUUGAUUCGUCUGCCCGGAAACUUGAUAAAGCAUACCCCCCUUUUCACCUGCGUCGUGGUAAUGGCGAGCGUCGUCCAUCUUUCUUACUGGUCCUUUCUCGUUCCAGACGGCCAGGACGACAUCAUUAAACAAUCGAUACGCCUCGAUGUCGGCACGCUGCAACAGUAUAGCAAUACGUGGCCGAUUGCUAAUGUGGUGCUCGGACAGGUGAGGGGCGUGGCGCAUACGUUAUUCAACAGCAAAAAGGCCAUGUCAAUACAUUUGUGGAGUAAUUUGCACCAAGGGGAUGUCAUCAGAGGGGUCAUCGAGGAAGGACGCGAGGUCCCGACGCAGCAGUAUGCGCAGUUGAUUGCGCCGUGA